UGAGGAUAUGGGCAAAGGAAUCUGGCGCAAUCUAACCACAACAUAUUAAAACCCCACAAAACCCAAAAUCCAUAUCUUACUCUGUUGCCGACGAUACAUACACCUCUCCUUACACCCUUCCAAGAUUCCCGCCACCGUUCAUGUCGACUCCUCUUGGUCUAUCAUCCCUCUUCUCCUCGAGGCUAUACACUACUACUCCCUCUGCCUUCCCCAUCCACCGUAAGGAAUUCAACCGGCGGCGGAUCAUCCUCGUUACCGCCGGAGGAGGAGGAAAACCGACGAUCCUCGUGGCGGAGAAGCUCGGCCAAGCGGGGAUAGACCUGCUCAAAAAGCACGCCAACGUGGACUGCUCUUACGAUCUGAGCGUCGAGGAGCUCUGCACGAAGAUCUCGCUGUGCGAUGCGUUGAUCGUGAGGAGCGGCACCAAGGUCGGGAGAGACGUGUUCGAGUCGUCUCGAGGGAGGCUUAAGGUUGUGGGACGAGCUGGCGUUGGGAUCGAUAACGUGGAUUUGGCGGCGGCGACGGAGUACGGGUGUUUGGUUGUGAAUGCUCCGACUGCUAACACGGUGGCGGCUGCUGAGCAUGGGAUCGCGCUUUUAACCGCCAUGGCUAGGAAUGUAGCUCAAGCUGAUGCUUCUAUCAAAGCUGGGAAGUGGAUGAGAAGCAAGUAUGUUGGUGUUUCACUUGUGGGGAAGACUCUAGCUGUUCUUGGUUUUGGUAAAGUUGGUUCAGAGGUUGCUAGGCGAGCCAGAGGGCUCGGGAUGCAUGUCAUCACACACGAUCCUUACGCACCAGCGGAUCGUGCACGAGCCAUAGGUGUGGAGCUAGUUAGCUUUGAAGUAGCUAUUUCAACUGCAGACUUCAUCUCUUUGCACCUCCCUCUCACCGCUGCUACAUCCAAGAUGCUGAAUGACGAGACCUUUGCGAGGAUGAAGAGAGGAGUGCGUAUUGUCAACGUUGCUCGGGGUGGAGUUAUUGACGAGGAUGCUCUCUUGAGGGCGCUUGACUCUGGUAUUGUCGCUCAGGCGGCUCUUGAUGUUUUCACAGUGGAGCCGCCUGUUAAAGACAACAAGCUGGUGUUGCAUGAGAGUGUGACCGCCACGCCUCACCUUGGUGCCAGUACUAUGGAGGCUCAGGAAGGAGUGGCGGUAGAAAUCGCUGAAGCUGUUGUUGGAGCUUUGAGAGGAGAACUCGCUGCUACUGCUGUCAAUGCACCAAUGGUUCCACCAGAGGUGUUGAGGGAGCUGAAACCAUAUGUUGUGCUAGCUGAGAAGCUUGGGAGAUUGGCUGUACAACUGGUAACCGGUGGAAGCGGUGUGGACGCUGUGAAAGUGACUUACGCUUCUUCAAGAUCUCCUGAUGAUCUCGACACAAGACUUCUGCGUGCUAUGGUCAUAAAGGGACUCAUUGAACCCAUCUCCAGCGUGUUCAUAAACCUGGUUAACUCAGACUACGUUGCUAAGCAACGAGGAGUCAAAAUCUCAGAAGAGCGUAUGGUUCUAGACGGCUCACCUGAGGAUCCAAUAGAAUACAUUACUGUCCGGAUCGCAAACGUGGAAUCAAGAUUUGCCAGCGCCUUAUCAGAGUCGGGAGAGAUCAAAGUAGAAGGAAGAGUGAAACAAGGAGUUCCAAGUUUAACCAAAGUGGGGCUGUUCGGAGUGGAUGUGAGUUUAGAAGGGAGUGUGAUUCUGUGCAGGCAAGUUGAUCAGCCUGGGAUGAUUGGUAAAGUUGGUAGCAUCUUAGGAGACGAAAACGUGAAUGUGAGCUUCAUGAGCGUUGGAAGAAUAGCUCCGGGGAAGCAAGCGGUGAUGGCGAUUGGUGUAGAUGAACAACCCAGCAAAGAAACUUUGAAGAAAAUUGGAGACAUUUCUGCCAUUGAAGAGUUUGUUUUUCUCAAACUAUAGUCUUAAUACAUUACAUUGAUGCACAUAAGAAAACUCCAAAUGGAUAUAAUCUUAUUGGAUUAUUGGAUGAUUCAUUCUGUACUAAUCAUACAAUCGAGUGUGUAUAUGAAACAAUUUACAUA